CAAUAUAUGAACAGUCUUGUGAGGCCUACAAACAAAGAGGCAACACAUCUGGAAAUUAUGUCAUUGAUGUGGAUGGUAGUGGACCCAUCAAGCCACAGUUGAUAUUCUGCAACAUGACAGAAAACAUGACAUGGACAGUGAUCCAGCACAAUAACACACAACUGACCAAAAUCCAACAGUUAAAAGAAGGAGGUCAGCAUUUUACUUCCUUUGAUUAUGCAGUGGAUGAAGAGCUGUUAUUGGCAAUCAUCAACCAAUCAGAGUAUUGUGAACAGGAACUGGCUUACCACUGCAGACACUCCCACCUUCUCUACAUGGCAGAGAGUGUUCCACUCAGCUGGUGGGUUGGAGGCCCCGGUGCGGUGCGAAGGCAGACAUACUGGGUCAGGGCUCCACCAGGCAGCAAACAUUGUACCUGCAGUCUGCAGGACUGUGUAGACCCCCAACACCACCGCAACUGUGAUGCUGAGCUCUCUGCAUGGGAGAAUGACUCUUGCCUCCUGAACCAUAAGGAAUCCCUCCCAGUUAGAUUGUUGGCGCUUGGAGAUGUCCAGAGCACGGGAUUAGAGAUCUCCUACAAGGUGGGACCUCUUCGUUGCUAUGGAGACAAAAGUAUCUGGAACGCUGCCUUUUUUGAAAAGGAAACAUCCUACCUCCACUUUCCAACCUUUCAUGGAGAGUUGAGUGCAGACAUUUCACUCCUGUUUAAAACUGUCUCCUCCUCUGGUGUCCUACUGGAAAACCUGGGAAUUAGAGACUUUAUUCGACUUGAACUGAGCUCCCCCACACAGGUCCUUUUUUCCUUCGAUGUGGGUAACGGCCCUUUCGAGGUUAGCGUGACGGCUGAUGAUCCGCUGAACGACAACAGGUGGCAUCGAAUUCAAGCUAGAAGGAACAUGAAAGAGGCAUCCCUUCACCUUGAUGAUCUCCCCGCUACCAGACAGGAAGCUCCUGCUGAUGGACACGUUCACCUGCAGCUGAACAGCCAAUUAUUUGUGGGAGGCACCGCUUCCAGGCAGAAGGGUUUUCGAGGAUGUAUCCGCUCCUUGCAGCUGAAUGGCAUCACUCUAGAUCUGGAGGAAAGAGCGAAGGUCACCCCAGGAGUGCAGGCAGGAUGUGGGGGCUACUGCAGCACCUACGGUGCACUCUGCCAGAACCGAGGUCGCUGUGUGGAGAGAACUAAGAGCUUUUCUUGUGACUGCAGCUCAUCUGCGUAUGCUGGAGUCUUCUGUGAAAAGGAUGUUUCUGUAAGCUUCAAGCCGGAGACAUCCAUCAGAUACAUCUUCAAGGAGAAGCUGGUGAACGAGUCCAACUCCUUUUCUUCCUCCAUUACAUCGAACCUGAGGGCAGAAACCAUUUCCAUGAGUUUCAGGACCAGCCAGACUCCAGCUUUGGUCCUUUAUGUGUGUUCUCACCACAGAGAAUACAUGGCUCUGCUGAUCAACAAGCAAGAGCAGCUGGAGGUGAGGUACAAACUGGAAGGUAGUAAAGAAGAAGAGAUCCUAAGGAGCAAAGUGAGGAAUCUUGCUGACAGAAGACUGCAUUCUGUUUCCAUCAGCAGACUGGCAGAAUCAGUCACUAUACUGGUUGACCAGCAUAACAAAGAGAACUUCAGCCUAACCUCUGGUGUUGAAUUCACCGACAUAAAGUCUCUGAUUCUUGGCAGAGUUUACAACUCUCAGGAGUUGGAUCCAGAGCUGGCUCAGUUGGGCUCUCUGGGUUUCACUGGCUGUCUAUCUGCUGUCCUCUUUAACUCCAUUAGCCCUCUGAAAGCCGCUCUGCUCCGACCAAGCACCAGCUCUGUUGUUGUCACCGGCCCACUCGUGCAAUCCAGUUGCGGCUCCUAUGCAGCAGGAAACACCCAACACCAUUCAGACCAAUCUGGGUCGGUAGGAGGAGGUCAGCCUCUAGUAAACGCUGUCAGAACAAACUCUGCUCUCGUUGGAGGUCUGAUAGCUGUGGUGAUUUCUGGGAUUGUAUCUGCGUUAGCAAUACUGGUUCGAUUACUGUACAGAAGAAAGAGGGCAUACCAAAACCAGGAGGUGAAAAAAACAGAAGAUAACAAUGGACUGCAGAGCUGCUCUCAGAAUGAAAACCAGAAGGAAUAUUUCAUUUAGAUGGAACCUCCAGGAUGGCAGUGGUGGAAUCACUUAUAGAAAAAUAAACUUGUUUUUCCUCAGUGCUUUGCUGAACAUCCUUAUCUAUG